AUGGAAUUUUUAGUCAACAUUGUCAAGAGAGGCAAUCAGGCUGUAUCUGUUAACCCACCGCCUCCCGCCUCAGAUAUCAACUUGACUUCUCAUGGUUCAAAUUGGUUAUGGGCAGUGUUUGCAUUAUUUGCAUUAUUUGCCGUUAUUCAUGGUUUUAUUUAUAGUUUGACUAGUGUCCGUCGCAGCGGUUUGAAAAAGGCAUUAUUGAUUGUUCCCUUAUUCACCAAUGCAGUUAUGGCUUUUGCUUAUUAUACAUAUGCGUCAAAUUUGGGCAAUACAUGGGUUGAGACCCAAUUUCAUCAUGUUACUACUGAUCGUGGGUACAAUGUUCGUCAGAUAUUUUACGCGAAAUACAUUGGUUGGUUUUUGGCGUGGCCAUUGGUAUUGACUGUCUUUGCCAUUGUUACUCAUACUUCGUUAACUGAUGAUAAAGAUGACUUAUUGAAGAGAAUCAUUCAAAUUUUUUCAACACUCUUUACGAGAUUUUUGGCAAUUGAAGUGUUUGUUUUGGGUUUGUUAAUUGGUGCGUUGAUAAGAUCCAGCUAUAAAUGGGGUUACUUUACCUUUGCUAUUAUUGCUCAAUUGUUUGCUAUUUAUUUGGUUUGUACUGAUUUGCAUCACAGUUUCAGAGGUGUUACCAGGAAUAUUGUUGGAAAUACAAUAAUUAUUGUCUUUAUUGUUGUUUGGCUUUUGUACCCAGUAUGUUGGGGUUUAUCUGAAGGUGGUAAUGUUAUCCAGCCAGAUUCCGAAGCUGUAUUUUACGGUAUUUUGGACUUGAUCACAUUUGGUAUCAUACCAAUUAUCUUGACUUGGAUUGCUAUUAACAAUAUCGAUGAAGAUUUCUUUACAAAGAUUUGGCACUUUCAUUUGCGCGGGGACAAUAUAGGCCGCCCAUAUGACCCUGAAAAGAGUGUAGUUGACAACACUCCUAGACACUCUGGAGACACUGCUGUUCCUUCGAGUGGAGCGCGUACACAUAUUCCACCUCUUGGUGAAGAGCCAAUUAUUGAAAGACCGGUUAUUGCAAAUCAUGCUGUUGAUGCACCAGUUAUUUCAAAUCGUGGUCCCAAUGCACCAGUGAUUGGAAAAGGUGUAGCCGAUGAGCCAAUAAGAACCGUUUAA